AAAGCACUUUCUCAAUAAAUUUUACUUGGAUUUCAAAGUUAUCUCUUAACAAAAAGCAUUAAUUUGUACACAAGUAAUUUAAAUAACUGCUUUCUGUUUUGCUGGCAAAAUUGAGCUGAUUAAUUUGUUUCAUGUACCUUUUUCCUCUUUUUUUUCUUCUAAAAUUAAACAAAUCCCAAAAUGAGAAAAGAGAACUUCGGUUUUACAGGUACUAACAGUGUACAUUAAUUAAGUGCAAAUAGAUCAACUUCUGGGGAAAUAAAAUAAAAAGAGGAACAAUGCGUACAUCUAUUUGCAGCUAUUUUUAUAUAAAUAUACAGGGAAAAAUUGUGACAGUGCAGAAAUGCUUACUUUGUUUCACAGCAAUGACAACAUGUCUAUGAAAUUGAAAAUCUUUGGCUUGAAAGAUUUAAAACCGAUACCUAAAGAUUUAUGGAAAAAUAUUUCAGAUUUAUGGAAGUUCAAAGUAGGUAAACGUACUACAAAAAAUUGCAGGAAAAGUGGUUCAAAAAGUAUUUAGUGACGGAAGCUGAAUGCAAAUUGGAUUAUGAAUUUCUAUUUAAAUAGAGCAAUGAAUUAUUAGCUUUUUCUUGACCAAUGAUUGUCUCAGUUAAAGACAGUUAAGUCAGUUGAUAUAAGGUUACAAAAUCUGAACCUUCACUCUUUGCAAAGGCACUGUAGUCCUGAAAGCUUCUUUCUGAAUAGACGAUCUCUGGCUGCGUCACGCUUAAAGCGUCCCCGCGGUGUUAAAAUAAUAGAAUGCCUACAAAUUCAAUCCGUUACAGCGUUAAUACACUUUAAAAUAACUUGUUUACUUAGAUCUAAACAGUGUCGGGUAGCCAGUUACGCUGCGUCACAUGAACAUAUGCCGAUAUAUUUACGUCGCACAGUUUGACGUCGGCGCCAUGUGUCGAAUCAUAACCGAGCGCCAACUUCAAAACAACUGCAAAGAGGUCUUGUGAGAAAUUCUGUUCUCACAAGACCGGAAAGCUUGAUGAUGUUCAGAUGAAGCGAAACAAACUCACGCGCAACAAAACCAAGCAAAACAAAGAUGGGCAUCAUCGCCAUCUUGUGCGAGCUGCAGUUAUCGUGCUAUCAGACGGCGGCUGCUCCGACGGUGAAACCUCGCAGGAAAAGCUCUCAGCAGCUGGCAGCGAGGAGAGGAAGAGCUCACUCUGCAAAGGAUGUAAAAUAGCUCCGAUUUUCUUACGUACGAAUCAGCAUGUGAAGAUUAGAGGACGUUCAGAUGGCGGGUCUUAUCAGACUGAGCACAAGUCAAUGUCCCCUUCUCAGAGUGAUGACGUGCAGAGCCAACAUCCAGGAUCUCAUCUGGCGGGCAGACAUGGAGCUGUCAGCCGCGGGGAACAGCUCCCUGCUUCACAUCUGGAAAGCUGCCUGAAAGCAAUCCAAAAGUCAAAUCCAGCUUUUCCAGUUUCGUCAGUUUUCAACACUUUACUGAAGAAAGCGAGCCAGAGGCUGCAUGAGUCAGAGCCUGCAGAGCAUUCCCUCCAUCUAGAUUCAAUGCAAAAGGAGAAAAGGAGAAGAGGACCUGAAGUUACUCAAAGGCUACCAAAACGUUUGCGGUCUGACCCCUCAGCAGGGGGACACUGUCCCCUGUCGGGACAGGAUGAGAAGAUGGGGCCCAAGGGACACCAGCUGAGCCCAGGAGGUCUGGAAAACGGCUGGAUGAAACUCACCACGCCAGGGACCAAGCUGAUGAAGAGCUCUGAAGAGGUUCGAGGAGAUUCCUGUUUCGAGGAUGUUCUCUGGACCGACAAGUAUGUUCCUCAACAUUCCAGCGAAAUCAUCGGUAAUUCUGCCUCGGUGAAUAAGCUGCACAGUUGGUUGAAGAACUGGAAGCGAAGAGCUGACGGUGACGAGCGGAGACAAAUGGCAGAAAGGAAACGAGACGAAAGCAGUGAUUCGUGGGACUGCGGAGACUUCCAGGGUGAGGCUGGGUUGGAGGACGGGGGAGCGGAGCCGGUGGGUAAAGCCAUGCUGCUUUCAGGACCCUCAGGUGUGGGCAAGACGGCUGCCGUGUACGCCUGCGCUCUGGAGCUCGGCUUCAAGGUGUUUGAGGUGAACUGCUCCUCGCAGCGCAGCGGGCGCCAUGUUCUGUCUCAGCUGAAGGAAACCACACAGUCUCACCUCGUGGAGAUUCCAGGGGAAGAUCCACUGAAGCCGGCAUACUUCAACAACUACAGUGCAAACAGCUGUACUCCUAAAUCUGAGGCCCUACCAGGAAAAUUACAAUUUCCUAAAAAUAUCGUCUCCACGUCCAAAAAACGUGCAGCGCGAAACUCGUCUAGUCGUAAAUUCCGAGCCAAGCCAGCCGCUGUCACUCUGGCCCGCUACUUUAAGACGAAAGCGGGAAAACCAAAGACUGAGGACGUGGAGUACUCCUCGACAGGAUGCGAUCAAGAGGUGCCGCACAAGAAGACAGCCACGUCACUCAUUCUGUUCGAGGAGGUUGAUGUGGUGUUUGAGGACGAUGUUGGCUUCCUGACAGCCAUAAAGGCCUUCAUGACCACCACAAAACGACCUGUCGUCAUGACCACUAAUGAUCCCUCAUUCAACGAGAGAUUUGGCUGCAACCUGGAUGAAAUAACUUUCAAAACUCCACCAUCAGCGAAUGUCUGUAGUUAUCUGCAGCUGGUGUGUCUGGCUGAAAACUUCCAGCUGCCUCCAGACGAUGCCAGCAGCCUCUUCAGACUCGCAUGCGGCGACGUGAGGCGCAGCCUGCUGCAGCUGCAGCUCUGGGUUAACGGCAGCAGAGGGUUGCAGGGCGGAGAGCUGGCCGAAGAACCAAUCGGCUCACGCCUUUUGUUUGCAGAAGGAUGCGGCCUUGAUUCAAAGGUUCCCCCUUGGCAAGCAGGCUGCUCCGCACACAUGCUGGGUCUCCAUCCUGUGACCCCAAAUGACCUUCUUCAUUUCUUAAAGCGUGGGUCUCUCUCUGAAGAAAACAUGCUGAAGUUUCUCAAAAUCCUGUCCGAGAGCUGGAGAAGAGGUGUGCCUCUUCUCUACUCCAACCUGGAGCUCCUUCUCUCCAUCGGAGCCCCUGAAUCCGAUUCCCAGCAGCAGACUGAGCCGAGGCGCUCUAAUCCUCACAUCCUGCGACUGAGUCACACCUUCGGUUUAGAGGUGUCGCCGACCCGCAACAAAUCUUCCCGGCUGAGCCGAAGGAGAUUUGCGGCUUCCGCAUCAGCGUCACAUUUAACCAGCAGACCUCAAAGAGCGCCGUCGUUCACCGAGACCCGGGACAAACCUGAAAAACGUGCAGCCAAAGCGGUCACUGACUGCUUGGACGGACUGGCAGAUUUCUUUGACCUCAUAUCAAACAUUGACGCGACGCUACCUCACUACGUUUCAGGCCCGCACACGGCUGAGGCGUUUGUUUGGACGGGAGCAGAUUUAAAGGACGGAUUGUUGGAUGAGCCGGGGGAGGAGGACAGCAGGAGUUUGAAGCGGGGCAGGCUUCAGGAAAUGAAGGCAGCAGCUGAAGGUUUGGGUUGUCGGCAGUGCUGGUGGAGAGUUACUGAGGCGUGGACCGACGCCUACAGAUGUAAACAGAAACUGGACGACAAGCAGUGGAACAGACUGCAGAGGAGGCUGCUGUUAACUGGCUGCUCUAAGAGCCAGAAUCUCAGCUUUACUGCUCAACCUGGAUGUGCAUCAAGUGUGUCCCAAAGAAGAUCCAGAGCGAGUCGGCUGCUGCUCAGCAGCGAGUCCUUCAGCCUGCUGGGGAACAGACGGGCCGUCUGUGUCGACUACCUGCCGGCUCUCCGCCUCGUCUGUCACGCUGUCAGUGCACAGCAGCACAGAGAGCUGGCCCGGUGUUGGAACUACCUGGGCUAUUCGCAUCUAGGCCUCUCAAAAUCUGCCAUCCAAUUCCUGGCUGAGGAUUUCAUGUUAACGAAAGUUCAGAAACACUCCUGAGCUCGACAGGUUUCACCAUAUUUAUUUGACCUAAACUCUGACUGAUGGAUUUAUUGCCCUAGAGAUGUUUUAUUUUCAUGAAAGUGCAAAUAUGAAAUAUAAAUAAAAGUAUUUUUAUAUGA